UAUAAACAUCACAGGAAAACCAAUCCAUUCCAUAGACACACCCAGCAAAAUCCAGACUUGGGCGGAGUUGAGUCUCCUCCAUCGGAGAAGUUUUCGAGUUCCAAAGRGAGAGCUAAAAUGGCGGAUAGAGAAAUUAGCUCCCACCCACUACUGAGGAGACGAAGAACAGAGUUCAACCAUGGCUUCUCUUCCUCCCAGAUGGAAUCCAUGGCCGCCUUCUGUGAAGCUCUCGUCCCCCCUCUGCCUCUCUCUGCCAUUGACAAAGAACACCCACCAGACCCAUCUCUCCAUUCCUUCUACCAAGCCUCCGCUUCUCAAACCCCGAUGCCGGAUGAGGUAGCUGAGCUAUUGGCGGCGAGGGCUCAUCCAAAAGCUGUGUUUCUUGUGAGAUUAGUGCUGAAACUUGUGUCUUUCAGAUUGGGGACAUUGUUGCUCUGUGGUUGUCUUUGCUUGGAUUGGAGAUGGCCUUUCAUUCUCAAAUUCUCUGAAAUUUCUCUGGAGAAGAGAGAGCGGAUUCUCAGCAACUGGUCUGGAGCUCACCAGAAGUAUACUGUGCUUCUGAGAAUGGCUUUCAUGAUUAUUAAAGUUUUCUGCUGCUUCAAUUUCUUCUCCAGGUUUGAUGAGAGGUGUAAAAACAAAGCAUGGGAAGUGAUGGGGUAUCGAGUAGACACCCGAAAACGGUUGAACGAAACCCAAAAAGAGCGGCCUCUUGAAAAGGGGGUGAUAGAAACUGGCAAUGAAGAUGAUUCCACUCUUCUCCGUUCUCUUUCCCUAAAAGGCCUUGAAGCAACUGAAGAUAAAAAACAUGGUGCCUAUAAGAUCAAAUGUGAUGUUGUGAUUGUUGGCUCGGGAUGCGGCGGCGGAGUUGCAGCUGCAGUUCUUGCAAGAUCUGGUUUAAAGGUAGUUGUUCUCGAGAAAGGGAACUAUUUUGUGCCUGAAGAUUAUUCCUCUCUGGAAGGUCCAUCCAUGGAUGAACUAUAUGAAUCAGGUGGACUGAAGUCAACUCUUGAUGGGAAGGUUAUACUGUUGGCUGGAAGUACUGUGGGUGGAGGCUCUGCUGUAAACUGGUCUGCAUCCAUUAGAACUCCGAAAUCUGUUCUCGAUGAGUGGUCUACCGAUCGUAAGAUUCCUUUGUUCGGGAGCUUCGAGUACCAAGCUGCAAUGGAUGCAGUGUGUAAUAGAAUUGGAGUGACAGAGGGAUGUUCGCUAGAAAGUUUCCAAAAUCAAGUUCUUCGAAAAGGCUGUGAGAAUCUUGGUUUGAAAGUCGAUUCAGUUCCGAGGAACUCUUCAAAAGAUCACUAUUGUGGCUCUUGCUGUUAUGGUUGUAGAAUUGGUGAUAAGAAAGGGACCGAUUCUACUUGGUUGGUCGAUGCAGUUGAAUCUGGUGCAGUGAUCCUCACAUUCUGCCAAGCUGAUCAACUCAUUUUGGAAAAAACCAAUAACAUAAGUAGAAACAAGAGAUGCUUAGGAGUGAUUGCAACUUCGUUGAGCAAAAACGUCACGAAAAAACUUCAUAUCGAGGCAAAAGCAACGAUCUCGGCUUGUGGUUCUAUCUUGACGCCCCCUCUGCUGAUUGCGAGCGGAUUGAGUAACAAAAACAUCGGCAGGAAUCUCCACUUGCACCCUGUCAUAUUUGCUUGGGGACACUUCCCUGAACAACUGUCCGAUCUCACAGGUAAAAUAUACGAGGGAGGGAUCAUUACUUCCCUCCACAAGGUAGUCUCAGAAGACUCCAAUGUCCACACCAUAAUCGAAACUCCGGCUGUUGGACCAGCCACAUUUGCCACAUUGUUUCCAUGGACUUCCGGGCGUGAUAUGAAAGACGUGAUGGUCAAGUAUGCUCGAACUGCUCUCCUUUUUGCUCUAGUAAGAGACCAAGGUUCAGGAGAAGUAAUGGUAAAGGGCAACGUCAAGUAUCGACUCGACAAGGCUGAUAAAGAGAAUCUAAGAAAUGGCUUGAGGCAGGCGCUGAGAAUCUUGAUUGCAGCAGGAGCCACUGAGGUGGGCACCUACAGAAGUGAUGGGCAGAGAAUGAGAUGUGCAGGGAGAAAUAAGGAAGAGUUGGAGGAGUUCCUCGACUCGGUCGAUGCGGUCGGGGGGCCGCUGUCGAGGGGCGAGCACUGGACCAUAUACGGCUCAGCACAUCAGAUGAGCAGCUGCAGAAUGGGGAGCACAGAGGAAGAAGGAGCAGUGGAUAUGAAUGGGGAAAGUUGGGAAGCACAAGGCUUAUUUGUAUGUGAUGGAAGUGUGCUACCAACUGCAGUUGGAGUUAACCCCAUGAUCACUAUUCAAUCCACUGCGUAUUGCAUUUCAACAAAUAUUGCACAGUUUUUGAAUAAAGAAGAAUCUAUUUUGUAAUCUUCCUGAAAAUUUAUCUAAUAACUAGUCCCUUCGUCGAUUUGUCUUCUUUUUUAGAUUGAAUCAAAGAAAAGAUGAUAAGCUUGUGAUUACAACCUUAAUCACUAUACUUAAUCCAUCUCGAAUUGCCAUGGUCAACACCAUGUUAACAUUAUAGGCUUGAUGGGUUGUACAAUGAUAUAGAAU